CUCUCUCCCUCUCUCUCUGGAGGUGGGGGCAGAGAGCUAUUAGCUGUGCGCUGCAAACAUCAUUAGGAGGGGAGACGCUUUCCACCGUCAGCGCCGGAGCAGGGCAGAGGGGAGCCCUGGCAACAACGAGGAGACACAAACUCAGCAGCCCGCUACACACCGACAUUACAAAUAAAGAACAAAGGCGGCAUAAAGAGGGACAUGCUUAUGGAGCCAAGCAAGCCCUUGAGGGAGCAUGGAUUGGCCCUCCUCAUCUGCUAGGGAAUGGUGACAGCACCUGCAGACAGACAGACGUGGACAGACGGCGCAGACACCCGGAACGCUUCCCUCCCAUCCACACUUCACACCAGGAACCGCGGCUCCAGACGGUCACCGCCUCUCAACUGAGCAGCAGGCUCCACCUUACUCCGCCCAAGUAGCUCCGCCUCCUCUUCUCAGGGAGUGCUGAGUGCCUGAGUCGACACACUGCAUUCUGGGAUAGUCUGGAAUCCUCUCCAUGGGCUGUACCACCUGCUGACAAACCAGGGGGGUCCGGAGGAGCUGUGUUGAAUGAGGAUUGUGCUGGGUGUCAGCAGGCUUGCUUUUGCAGGGAAAUGAUUCCACAUGAAGUGCGACGCACUCGGCCCCCCGUCGUCCUCGGCGGCAGCAGCAGGUGUGACGUCGUGACAUUCUCCCCCACCACACUGAGCUCACCCUUCAGGCGCUAAAGACCCCUGGACCAAACAGAUCGCCCUACCCCCUCCCCUCUAACCACCCCUCCAUAUCUUCAUCUCCAUCUUAAAUCCUUCCUCACCUGCUUGUUAGGGCCUGGAUUUGCAUUGCAAUCAAGACAAAGACCUGAUUCAGCGGCCUUGGGUGAACUGGACAGAAAGUGAAAAGAUUGGGAAAGUUAAUUUGUAGCUAAUUAAAGAUAGACAAGGGACAGCUCAUCAAAAGUGAGAAAAAGAGAAAAGAAAGUGAGAUAGAAAGUCAGAGAGAGAGAGUGAACAAAAGGAAAGGUAGAGCUAUUGAAGUCCAGUUAAAGUAACGCAAGUACAGUUGAGGGACGUGAGGCGAAGUCAGCAUGAAGUCCAACCAGGAACGCAGUAAUGAAUGUCUGCCCCCAAAGAAGAGGGAGAUCCCCUCAUGCACGUUACCAUCAGAAAACCGCACACCCAUCAUGCCACCGGCCUCUGACAGCCAGCGCACAGAGAACAUGGCCUGGCUCGCCAGUGUGGCCGGUGGGAAUGAGAGUGGCGUGGGCGGCCAUCGUAGCUCCAGUCAGUCUGAUGGGCCCCAGUACAAAUCCAUCUUCUCCACAUCAGACCCUUCAUCCUCCUCCUCCUCCUCCUCCUCACUGAGGCUAGUCUCAUCUCUUCCCACAGUGUAUACGUCCCCCCUGUCACAGUCCACAGUUGGAGGAACUGUCCAUUACACCCAACUGCCACCCAACCUGCAGUUUAUAGCCUCACCCUACACUGCCCCAUACACAGGCUACAUCUCCCCUCAACUGCUUCCACCCCCUCCUCCACCUCCACCCCUCUCCUCCUCCUCUUUGGCCGCACAGAGACCCUCACACACAGAGACAGUCUGUGCUCCUUCACAUGCCUCCAAACAUGACCAGCAGAGAGCGUCCAUAGAGCGUACCUCCAUGCCUCCACCCCCAACAGAUCUCGCUCCACACCAUGUUCAAAUGUCAACCUCCCCACGGACUGUGCCGUCACCUCAUCACCAAGGAGGCACUCACCUUCCUCCCCAUUCGCUGCACCACCACCACGCUUUGGGACAUGGGAUGUCCCAGGUUGUGGUGCAGUAUUCGGACGGACACACCAGGAAAGAGGAAGUCAACUCCAGACCCAGAGAGCUCCACAAUGGAGAGCUGGAAAGGGGCCGGCGGUUUGGGGUGUCCCCGGAGUCCAACCUCUCUAAGCAUGGGGGCAAAUCACGAGACAUCACUUCUUCUUUGUCCUCCUACGAGGCCCGCCAGCUGGUUAUGCCAUCAGAGUACUCUACUCAUGAUCCCUCAGGGCUGAGAACCUCUGUCAUGCUUAUGCCCAACAGUCAUGGAGACCACCAGAUGGUUCCACCUAGAGCCAGCCCUGAGAAGCUGACAACGUCUGCCCCCACACACCUGGAGAAGGGUGGCAUCAUCCUGGGCAAGCCUGUCAAUCGCACAUCCUCCUGCUCCAACACCACCUCCUCUUUCAAUUUUCCACCCCCUUUAAGUGUCAACAGCCUGAAAGCUGCUGUCAGCACACUGUCACCCCAGACCGUUAUCCAGACCACCCACAACGCUACAGAGUCGCUGUCAAUGGGGCUUCCCUCCACCAGUAUCUACCCACAGCCGCCUAUCAUUGGUUACAUCGCGGGGGGCAAUGGGAGCCAGCAUACGCCAAUCAGCUACCACACCAGCUUACAGCAACACUUACUCAUUCCUGGCGCCCAACCGGUCAUUAUCCCUGUAAGUGGAGGUGGAGUAACGACAUUGGAACCUGUAACCUCCAACAUAACUUCAUCCACCCAUGCAACAACGUUUCCUACCACACUCCCACACACAUACAUCGCUGCCACUGCCCCCAAAGGAGAGACUCUGGAAACCUCCACUGGCUCGUAUCACCAGGCCACUUCAGGUGCAGUGGUCCAAGCCCAGCUUCAUCUGCCCAUUGUUCCUGCUCCACCGGGGCUGGUCGCUCCUUCCGCUCCUUCUCCUCAAUCCAGCACUGUGGCGCCCCCAUCACUCCCCCCAUAUUUCAUCAAGGGCUCCAUCAUCCAGCUGGCUGAUGGGGAGCUGAAACGCGUGGAGGACCUGAAGACAGAGGACUUCAUCCAGAGUGCUGAGAUCAGCAGCGAGCUGAAGAUCGACUCGUCCACAGUGGAGCGCAUUGAAGGGAGCCACACCUCACCGAACUUCGCUGUGGUUCAGUUUUCUGUUGGUGAACAUCGUGCACAGGUGAGUGUGGAGGUGUUGGUUGAGUACCCCUUCUUCGUCUUUGGCCAAGGCUGGUCUUCAUGCUGCCCUGACCGGACCACCCAGCUCCUGGAGCUGCCUUGCACCAAGCUUUCUGUGGGUGAUGUUUGUAUUUCACUCACCCUCAAGAACCUGCGGAAUGGCUCUCUUAAGAAGACUCAGCCCCUGGAGCUUGCCACCCCUGCGUCUGUCCCAGCCUCCGGCCACCUCAAACCCCACAGAGCUGUCUCUGAUGCUCCCCAAAGCUGCAGUGGAGGAGGCUCCAGGCACGGCGAGCGGGAAAACGGCAUCGGCCAGCGAGGGGAGGGUGGAAGUGGGAACGGGAGUGGAAGGGGCAACAAUGUGGAAAAUGGAGAUCUCAUGUUUGGGGAAAGAGUUUCUAAAGGUCAGGUGGUCAACAGCGCCGAAGCCGGCUCCAGUAAGCCAUCUGGGGGUAGAAAGAGGAGAUGGUCUGCCCCCGAAGGUCGGAAAGUAGAAAAAUCAGAGGAGGAGCCGCCCUUGACCCUGCCCAAACCCUCCUUCAUCCCUCAUGAGGUGAAAGUCAGUAUUGAGGGAAGGUCGAAUAUUGGCAAGUGAAGGCUAGCAGGAUUGUUAAAUAACCAUUGGGAUCUGGAAGCAAAAAACAUAAAAGGAUUCUACAAAAAAAAAAAACACGAAUGCCCACAUUAAUGUUUCAUUUGUCUUGAUUUUAAAGUUUUGUUUCUGUUUUUAUUUUUCUAUCUUGAAUACUGUACUGUAGAGGUAAACUUACCCUACAUGGUUUCAUCUUACAUUAAGUCCAUGUAGUUUAUAACACUUUUUUUUUUUUUUUUUUUUUUUUUAUCGAUGGAUUUGAUAUCACACAAGCAAUCGGUGCCGUUUUGGUGGUUUUUCACAAGAUGACUUAUGGUGAGGGAUUUGUGGAGUGUGCUAAAUGUUAACUGGUGGCUGUGUGGCCCACGGUAGCAGUGCUUGAUGGCUCCACUUGGCUGGCAGUGCGCAUUAUGUAAAUUUUAAAUCGAAUUAGCUUGCAGUUAGCUUCUUGACAGUGACUCUGCCCCCCUGUGCUCUGAAAGAGAGGCUGUCUAGAUGAAAACGCUUUUUUCUCACCAACUCUUGCUGAGCCACUGGUUUUCCCACAAUGAGCCACAGGUGCGGUAGAACAUCAGCUGAUCCUGAGCAUGGAGGGUUUGUGGCUAAAUCCUGAAAUGUUUCAUCAGUGGAAUCAGAAUUGGAGUUGGAAAACCUCUUUAUUUUAAAACGUGCUAUGUGCUAUUCAUAGUGUCGUCAGGGUGUGCCAGGCCCGACCAGUGAUGUCAUUAAGUGGUGCCAGUUGACUGUCUAUAAAGAUGGACGACAUAGACCAUAUUCACACUGCAGCCAUUUUCCUCUGAUGUCACACUCAGGGUGGGAAGCUCAGAUGGGAUGCUGCCAUUUUUGUCAGGAAUCUGACCAGUUGUAAUCAUUUAUUGCCUCCUGAUUAUUCAGCAGCUGACAUGACAAUAGACUGUGGAUCUGGAGGAACAUGGGGCCAUAUUACAAGUUACAAAAACAUUUGAUAACUCAUUGAUGUUAGCUUCUGUUAGCUAAGGUUAGCAUUAUUAAGCAACCUCCUCGCGAACUACACUGUUUUAAUAACAAUACAAUAGCCAGGAAAUGGUUGAAUGCUAUCGUUAACUAACAGGCGAAAGAAUGUGUUGUUUUACCUUGAAAUAUGGCCUGACGUCUCUCCAGAUUGUCACCUUUUCUGUUGCUGAUCAAUCAUGAAGCAGUGUAAUGAUCAUUUGUAAGAUUUCCAAAGUUUGUAAGACUUGCAACCUAGAAAACAGCUGCUGAUAGCUCACCAAAGGUGUUGCUAAAAUAUCAUGAGCGCCCCCUGGUGGCCAGCUGCAAUACAGGCGACCUCUCCAUGUUAACUGAAUGGACAAGGGCCAAACUAAAAACUCAAAGUAUGUGUCAGAUAAAUGUUUAUCACGCCAAGUGAGUGACAACAAAGGCUCCAAUGUUUCCUUUUUAAUUCGCCAAUUCAUGGCAUAAAAAGGUGGUGACGGCUCUACCGGCCAGUCAGUACUGCACAGUCCCCUGGUUUCAGAUGUCUUCUUUUUUUUUCUUACAGUGGGAUGAAGGAGAGCAGCAUCGUCCAUCUUCAUAUACGUCACUGGCAGUGCCAGUGGGCCACACAAUAUAGAGAGGGAACAAAACGUACUCUGUUCAGUUUGAUGACCGUGGAGUCUUUACUUUCAUCUUCAGCAUUUAAAUUUUCUUUUUUUCUUUCUUUUUUUUCUGUUUUUGAACCCCACGUCUUCUAUCUCAUUGGAUAGUUGUUUUCAAUGAUUGUCAAAAACCUUAAUCAGGGGUAAUUUAGUCCUAGAUCGAAACCUCGGUGGGUCAAUGUUAAUGUAUAAAUGUGAGAUACCCUAACCUAACACAUACAAGUGCAAACACACUGGGUUGGCAAACUUCACUUUAAAACGAAAUGUUAAGAGGAAGACUUCAUACAAUGAAUACAAUCGUUUUUCAAUGAAUUUCUUUAUAUUUUUUUACAGAGAGAGGCUGUGUGAGAGGAACCGAGAGAGUCUUGCAUGUCAGUUCUGAGAGGGUCAGGAUGUUUCAAAGCACUUAACACACCUGUCACACUCACCAUACAGCCAACAAAGAAAAAAAAAAAAGAAUUGUUGUCUCUGUUUUUAAGCCGUACUGUAUGUUUCUUUUUAGACUUUUUAAAUUUAGACGAGGGUGGAAAGUAGCAGCAGCACUUUGGAAGAGGUGAAGCUUUUGGGAAAGUGAAAGGGGGGUCGUGGUAGGGGAUGUGCCAUGGGAUCACAAAGAAAGGGAUGGUUGUUGUGGAGAGAAAUUCCAGUCAGUAGAUGGUUAGAGAUUAAAAAAUAAAUAAAUGGACAAAUAACGGCGACAAAAGGAAUUAGAAAAUGUAAUGGGUUUUAAGCAUGUGCACUUGUAUAGCCAGCGAACCAUGCAACAAGUUAGGGGAAAAGUAUUGGAAUGUGUUUUGAAAGUUUUGAGAUCUGGCAUGAGAAGUAACAAGGAAGAAAAAAAAGGCUUUGAAAUAUCCCAACAAUGUUUUGAAGGGUGUCAUAUAUUUGUAAUGUAAGUGUGCGUGUGCUAGAGUGUGCAUGAUGCCGGUCUGUGUCCUGUCCAUACACACACACAAACACAAACACAAACACACACACACACACACACGCUUACACAAACACAAAACAGUACAGACCUUCCCUGAAACUCAAUGACCUGUAAUAUGUACUGUAUUUGUCGAUGAGCAGAUGAAUGAUUUUGGUGCGUAUUGUCCCUCCUGGAAAGACACUAGUUGACUGACAUUUUCAGUAAGUGAAUGCACACUGAGAGCAGUACAGUUGCACGGCAAGUGCUCUGGCGGCGUGUUUGUGUACGCGUGUGAGUCUGUGUAUGAUUGUAUGUAUACUGUGUAUAGGAAAAGGAUGUACUCAUUUGAUAUAUAGACAGUGCUAAAUGUCCAGUGUUUCUACUUAAGAGUUAAUCUUGCAAUUUGCACAUCGGGAGGAGGGAGGAAAAAAAGGUGGAGACGUAAUAUUUAACGGCCCUGUCCUGACACGAGCCCCAGACCACGUGACACACUGGAGGAGACCAGGGUUGUUGUUCCUCAACAGGCACUAGAGGAAAAAAGUUUUUACAUCAGCGCAGUUAAGGUCAAAUCACAUUUGAGUUUUUCUUUUUUCUUUUUUUUUUUUACGAACAUAACCACAGCUGUAAAACAGAAUUUUAACAUGUGCCUGCCUACUGAAUUUACUGACUUUAAUUAAAGAUAUACCGGUUGUAGUUGUAUGAAGAAGAUGAUUGAGACUUUAUUUGGUCCACUUUUACUGCCCUUGAAACUGGGGGUGUAGGGACUAGGGUUCAGCUAAGAUGUAGCAGAUACCUCAACAGAUGUGCUUGCUUGGUUGUCCCGAUGAUUAGAGCUCUGUAUGCAAAGCUUCUCACAGGCUCUUUACUUGCAUAUGAAAGCUCUGUUCUUGUUUUUUUCUCAGCUUGUUUUUUUUUUUUUUAGGUGUAAUGUCGUGUGUACCACCUGAUGAUUAUUGGAUGACACUGCAUAUAAAAAAAAAAAAGAUCCAGAAAUAGAACUGAAAUACACUGAUAUUUCUCAGUUUUUACAUACGAGGAAAGGGUAAUUGAAAAUCGGCAGUUUUUAAAAGGUUCCAUGUCGCGCUCAUUCUCAGGUUCACACUUUUUGUUUUGGGUGUCUGUUAGAAUUUUUUUUUUUUUUUUUUUUUUUUUUAAAAGGCUUUAAUGUUCAAAAACAUAAAAAUUCGCUUUAAAGGGGCACUGUGAAGCUUUGUAGGGGAAAUUCAAAUUCAGAAUUUUAGGAUUUGCAAUGAGUCAGAAGGAUUUGUUUAUCUCAUAACAUCUCCUAUAAGUCCUCAGAACACUGAUUGAACCUACAAAAAAAGGUGGCAGGUUCCACCAGAUAUACACGCAGGAAAAACAGUCAAUUUGUUUAUUCAGUUUAUUUAGGCAUGAAAACAAGGAGAGUUUACUUAUUUAGUUGGUGUAGGCAUGAACAAUCUGUAUAGAUUUUAUACAGUAUCUGUAUAGUUGUGACAUCACAACCUUACAGAGGCCCUGAAGGUUCAAUCAUUCGCCUCGACCCACUUUAUGAUACGAAAAGACAUGAAAUUCAAACUUCUUGCGGGGUGGGACCUUUAAAUCUUAUCGGUGACGGUGGACACACAUGGUCUGGGAUUCAUUAUGUUUCCGGUGCCACUCAGCGAAGACGUUUUCACAGUGUGAGCACGGACAGCAGUGAGAUGAGCAUCUCGCAGGUUACCGGCACGGUCGUGCUGUCGAGAGGGUGGAGAGGAGGUGGCGUCACGCAGGCAUAUCUGUUGAGCUUUCUACUCCGCCUCUGUAUUCAGGUGCUGGGUUAUAUGGCAGGAGUGUGUUUUCGGUCAGCAGCAUCGUCAGUUGCCUCUAGAAGAAGAAGGAGUGGUUCAGUCAUAUUUUCACGGGACGCUGUUUCAGGUGGUGAGGGUUUACCAGGGUGAUGGUGGGAUGGAUGUGUGCUCACGUGCGUGAGGAAUGGAUGGAGAGUUGGGCAGAUGGGACAGUGAUGGCGAGCGGAUGACUAGACCCAACAUGAGAUUUGAAAAUGCUUUAUUUUUUUAUAAUAAAACAGGGUUCCUGAGAUCAAGGCCGCCACAGUCGUUUAUUUUCAUUUCUUCCUUUUCCUAUUGAAACAUCAUCAAUGUCAGUAGUAGGAAUAGUGGUCUGUGUGUGUGUGUGUGUGUGUGUGUGUGUGUGUGUGGGCACGCAUGUUUUGCAAUCCGUGUGUUUCGCGGCUGUGUGUUUUGUAAAUGUCUACUUUUUUUUCCCCCCCAACCCCCUUUCCCAACGGAUGAAAAAAAUUAGAACGACAACAUCUGGUCGUCAGGUUAAUGUCAAAAAAAAACAAAAAAAAACAACAAACAUUUAUAGCCAAAGCCAGGUGACACUUUUGUCGCCUCGGUUAAACUUAGAAAGCAAUAGUUUGACAAUAUUCAGGCACUCUGCUCGUGUGUGAGUGGAACACACGCACAGAGUCAUUCCACUCAAGCUCUCUGCAAUAAAACAUUGAAUAAUAUUCCUCUAGCACCGCAACCAAAACAACUCCUCCUUUCUUCCCACGGAGAAAAAAAAAAAAAAAAGACUCACUGGAAAAUGUUUUUUAAAGAUGCUUAUGCUCCAGUUCCCCUUGUCAUAGAGUACAUAUUAAACAGAAAUUGCAGUCGCAACGCCAGUUGCUAGUUUUUUCAGGGAAGCGUCUCGUAUAUGCAGUAACUGAACAUAACCCCCGAAACCUCCGCUGUCCCAGCCGGCCAGAGCUCUGUUGUCGCGCUGCAGGUGUGUCUGUCCGGGUCUGUCUCGUUGCCACGACUCCCGUAGUGACCUCGUUAACUUCGUUUCAGGUACCCAAUCAUAGCCAGCCAGCCUCACAAGCACCUCUUCCUGAGGCGAAGCAAUCGAUUAACCCUCGACAACCGUUAGCUACCUUUCAGUGUGGCCUGGCCUGGGCCGCCUGACCCCCCCCAGCCCCACCCCAUCCUCUAGACAUCACUUUUUGAUAUUCGGUCUCCUUUUCAUGAUGUAUACAGGUCAUUGUGUUUAUACUAUAAGUGGAAAAUGCAUGCUCGAUUAUAGACUAUAUGAAACAAAGCAAUCUGAAUUGUAGACGCGUUGUGAAUGCAGGAGAGGGAACGGCACAUCAUGGUAACAUCCUUUUGGUGUAGUUUUUGAUUUUGUUCUGAUGAUCCCAAGUCGACCCCUUUUUAUCCCCUUAAAUGUCCCACAAUGUGCAAUACUUACAUUUUGCCCCCCCCACAUCUUCGCUGUGCCAAGUGUAAUGUAGCAUAGUCCUACUCCAGUGUCUCAUCCUUGUUAAUGGCUUGUGUAUUUUACUGUCCGAUGGUGUGUGUGUGUGUGUGUGUCACAUCUUCAGAGUCAGGAUGUUUGUGGAGUGAAACAAAAUCAACGAAGAGUUCGUCUCUUUCCCCUUUUGUCGUUGCAGCCUUCCUCAAUUCGAAUGUGUGCGAGAGACUGCGUCAUGUCUCCCUAGUGUGUGUGUGUGUGCUUGAAACAUAUGUCGUGUGUUUCGAGUGUGUGAGGCAAGUGCGUGUGUGUGUAACGGAGUGUAAUCUCCUCUAAUUGUCUGUGAGAUCGUAUACCCUGACCCUCCACGGUUCAAGGUGAGACCCACAGAAGAAAAGAAAUAAACCUCAUCGCUAGUGGGGACCACUUUUUUUGUAAGAAAAAAUAAAAGCAAAAAAAAAAAAACAAGAAAAGGAAAAAAAAAAACAACCAACCAACAGAGAUGCACAUGUAAGUAGAUGUAAAAGACUUGAUAAUGUUUCAGCACUUUCUAAUCCUAGGACGGGCUCGGUCUAACCCCUCUGUCUCAGACCGAUUCCUUCCCUAGGGGGUAACAUUCAUUCAAAACAGACAGAGAGAAUGAGAAUGAUGAAAAAAAAAGGGGGUGGGGGGUGAAUAAGGAUGAAAAAGAGAGAGAUGGUUCAGUUUAAGUUUUUGCACAUCACCUUGCCGUAACCUUGUGUUUAUCUGUCUGUGCUCCAUCUCGCUUGGCGCCCGGCGCGUUCUUGGGUCCAACGGGCCGAGGUGUUAGGUGGUUCCUUGGUUCCUUUCUACUAGGAAAAACCUUUUUUUUUUCUUUCUCUCUCUCAUGGAAUGCAUCCCUUCUUUUGAUGGGUUUGUUUGGAAUCUUUUCCGCCACACACCAGCCGGGCCGUGCCGUCUGUUAGGUCCUGUUUCGUUCACAGCUUUUUGAGUUCCAAUUCAGCGUUAGCGAGGAGUCUUUUUUCGAGGCGCAGCUCCGUGUGGUGGCGCGGUGUGAAAACGGUGCGUACAAACCUUUCGCUUUUAUUUUGCAUUACCUUUUUUGGUGCAGGAGCUUUUUUUUUUUUUUUUUUUUCUGUGUUUUUGGUCUCCUUGUAGCACUCAAUAUAAUGUCAGGGGACUUCAAACUAUGUAGAGAAUGUGUCAUUGUUGAGUUUAUUAUGACAAGCUUCCUCACUGGAGGAACACUGCUAAUGUCGUCUUUUUUCUUUUUUUUUUUUUAAAUUGGCUUGCACAAUUUUACAAAUAAAAUGAAUGUUGGUGUGUGAGCUUUGACUUUUCGAUCAGAAAAAAUAAGGCAUGUGUGCUCUUUGUUUCUUGAUGUUUGUACUUUCAUUUUGCAAAAAAAAAAAGGAUGUGUUUUUGGCACUUUGUCGUGUUUUAAAAGUGAACAGAAUUCGAUCAGGAUUCCUUUUUUUUUCAUUUUCUUUUCUUUUUUUUUUUUGUAUGACGUCGUCAAUGUCCAUAGCGCUGGAUAACCAACUCAGGCAGAAAGAAGAAAAAAAAAUAAAAAUACUUGUAGUGGCCCACUAAACAGUUUAGUGUCACCCCAAUCAAUUUACAUAGUGGGCUGUUUCAUAUGGGUUCUAAGAUAUGUAAAUGUAUUACAUAUAAUUUGAGAUGAUUAACAAAUGUCAUUAUUUGACAAUUAACUAUGAAUUAUUAUUAUGAUAUUCUGUGUAUUAUGCUGGAGAUGGCUUGGAUUACUCUUCAGUGUACCGAACGUCUUUGCUCUGCCUCUCUGUGCAAGGCGGCAAACACUUCAGCGGGGGACAGGCUGUACGCUUCGUGACCUCUGACCCCUGCCCACUGCCACGGACGGGUGGAGCUUAUCUGUCAGCUGUGGCUCAUUUGAUUCCCCCCCACCCCUCUUCUUCUGAACACUCAGCCCUGAGGCUAGCAACCAGUCGGUCUAGAUGUUUUCUCUGCUAACCUGUGACACCAAGUACUGAUAAUGAAACUUUUUGGCCCGUGCGACGGUGGCAGAGAAGCGGACAUCAGCACAGACCUGCACGGACAGUCCUGGCCUGCAGGGGGGGCCGCAGCAGCUCCCAGCCAACUUGUUUGUACUAUAUUGUACUCACCAAGUCCCUGUGUCUCACCACCCCUUUCCUCUAUAGCAAUGGAGAAACCUUGUCGGUGUAUGUAUUUGACAACUGUACAAAUGCACCUCUUUGAAAAAGAAAAAUGAAACCUUGACAUAUCUGGAAUAAA